CCCCCCUAAACACCCCACAUUAUUUCUCUGAAAUUUCCUUCCCAACUUACAAAGAAAAAAAGGAGCAUGGAUCAGUUGGCUGGUAGAAGGCCUUAUUUCAUAGAGAAAGAUGAUGGAUUGGCCUCCCUUACAAUGAACCAGCAUCACUACUCUUCGAUUUAUAGGCCAAAUAUUACUGCUUUAUCUGAACCCCAUUUCUUGGAAGCUUGUUUUCUUUGUAAGAAACGACUGGGAGAAAACAAAGACAUCUACAUGUACAGAGGGGACACACCGUUCUGCAGUGUAGAAUGUCGACAACAACAAAUAGAGAACGAUGAAGCCAGAGAGAAGAGCUGGAAUCUCUCUGGAUCGAUGACAGCCUUGAGAAAUAAGGAUAAGAAGAGGACAUCAAACUCACAAGAAUACCCUUUACAAACCGGCACUGUUGCAGUUGUUUAACCUUAACUUCUUUCUUUCUUUUCUCAAAAAAUCCCUCAAGAAAAGAGAGACAGAGAAAAAAAAAAGAGGAAAAUUUAAGCAUUUUCCUUAUGUAAUAUAUGGACUGUAUUAAAUGAUAUCCCUUUUCUGGUUUUGUGCUG